AUGGCGACCAUCAAGGCCAUCGAGGCCCGUUCGGUUCAUCAAAUCCAAUCCGGUCAAGUUAUUGUCGACCUUUGCUCGGUUGUGAAGGAACUGGUUGAGAACAGUCUCGAUGCCGGAACUACGUCGGUUGAGGUCCGAUUUAAGAAUAACGGGCUGGACCUGAUCGAGGUGCAAGACAACGGUAGCGGAAUCUCACCAGAAAAUUAUGAGAACAUCGCACUUAAGCACUACACAUCCAAGCUCUCCUCCUACGAUGACCUCUCCAGCCUACACACCUUCGGUUUUCGCGGCGAAGCGCUGUCGUCACUAUGCGCUCUAUCAGAGUUCCAAAUCGUCACCGCUCAGGCCAAUCAAGCUCCGAAAGCUAAUCGACUCGAAUUCGAAGUGUCAGGGAAGUUGAAAAAGACACAGAUUGUCGCGGGCCAGAAAGGGACGACGGCUUCAGUCGGAGGAUUGUUCAAACGACUUCCUGUCCGGCGUCGGGAGCUCGAGAAGAACAUCAAGCGUGAAUACGGAAAGGUGCUCAACCUGCUCCACGCGUAUGCGUGCGUUAGUACCGGUGUGCGAUUCAGCGUGAAGAACACAGUUGGAAAAACCCGGAACGUGGUGGUGUUUUCGACGAAUGGCAACCAAACCACUAAGGAAAACAUUGCGAAUGUAUACGGCGCAAAGACCCUACUUGCUCUCAUACCGCUGGAGCUCACACUGGAGCUCGAGCCUUCAACGGCUGGGAGACGAGGAGUCCUGGGAGAUACUGGAGGGGAGUCAAACAAACUCUUGGUUCAUGGGCAUAUUUCUCGACCAGUUUUUGGGGAAGGACGUCAGACGCCUGAUCGACAGAUGUUCUUUGUGAAUUCGCGACCCUGUGGGCUGCCACAGAUUGCUAAGGCGUUUAAUGAAGUGUACAAGUCAUUCAAUGUCUCCCAGUCGCCAUUCGUCUUUGCAGAUUUUCACAUGGAUACGAAUGCAUACGACGUCAACGUCUCCCCAGAUAAGCGAACCAUUCUGCUGCAUGAUGCUGGGACUAUGAUCGAGUCCCUUAAGACAUCUCUUACGCAAUUAUUCGAGUCUUCUGAUCAGACGGUUCCUCAGUCGCAGGUUCUUGGUUUUAAGCAAUCUCCCGCCGUCACCAAACAGUCUGCCCCCCUAGGUGGGUUGCAGCGUACACCCAGUCGGCCUUCUAAGAGCGAUGCGGAUAUGGCUGAAGAUGAGAAUCAGACCCCAACAAAUGAGGCGGAAUCAAGUCAAGUUAGUUCUCAGAGGAUGAAGAGCUUUCUAGGCGGACUAGGUAGCCGUGGUAGCCAGGCAGAAGUACCAUCUUCUCCCGCGCCUGCCAAUGUAUCAGAUAAAGGAGCCUUAGAUUCCUCGCCUAUCAGGCAAAGUACCAGGACAGAAUCAAGUUUGCCUAAACAGCCCGCCAGCAUACAAAGCAGUUUCAACCGAGAUACAUCGCCCAUCGACGAAGAAAGCCAGGCUCAAGAUGCCGCAGAGGAAGAAGUUCCAGCAGAUGUUGAAGAUGAAACUCCACAAAGCACUGCACCUGCCCAUGAACAUGAACAACCGACGUCCUCACUUCCAACGGACUCCACAGAAGAAAAGCCAAAUGCUAUCCAAAAUGCAUUCGAUCGAAUGCGACCUAGGCGGAUACCAGCUGAAGUUGCUACAAUCACUAUCGGUAACCGAACUGUUACAUCUAUGGUAGGAAGUGGUAUACCUCGAAAGAGGGACGCGGGCUCUGUUAGCUCCGGAAGUGGCACUUCGACUCGAAAGAGGCGGAUACACACCCCAUCCCGCCCUAAUAUAUUUGGCAAUCAUAUGAAAUCCUUUGCGGCCCCGGGGUCACAGGCUGAGGAGGGGUAUGAUGAUGAUGAGGAUGAAUAUAAGGAAGGGGAAGUGGAAGGGGAAGGCGAAGAGGAAGACGAGGCUGAUGAAAUCGAGGAUGAACAUUCCGAUGACGGCUCCGAAUUGUUCGUUCCAUUAGAUGAUAAAGGCAAAAGGUCGCAUGCCAUCUCUCGGAGCCCACCCAGGCGACGCUUGGAAGAAGAUCCCGGGGAAAGUCAGGAAGAGAAUGAAGGUCCACCAUAUAACAAUCCUGUUGGUGAAUUGGAAGUGAGCAAUACACCAUCUGCUGGCCCGGAUCAAGCUCGUCUAGAUGAAGAGGACAAGAAGGCCAAGGAAGAGGCCGAGGUUCAACGACUUAUCCGAGAAGCAGAGGAAAAGGCUGUGCUGCCUCAGGAAAACAGCGUCAAUCGAGCAAACAAGUUGAACAAGGGUGCUGGCCAUCGCGAUUCCACCGUUAACCUGGUGGGCACGAUCAACGGAUCACUUUCUCGCAUACAAACCCAGAUCGACAAACUACAAGAUAGCCUCCGAUCACACGUGAUGGACGUUUCCAAACCUCAAGAUGAAGACGGCCUGGCCAUAUCACAGGAGACCGCAGAAGAACGCCUGUCCCUGACAGUGACCAAGGACGACUUUGCCAAAAUGCGCAUCAUCGGCCAGUUCAAUCUCGGUUUCAUCCUAGCCACUCGAUCAACCGGUGCGGAUAGAUCAGGCAAUUCCAGGGACGAGCUCUUCAUCAUCGACCAACAUGCCUCAGACGAAAAGAUCAACUUUGAGCGCCUUCAAGCCGAAACAGUCGUGCAAAACCAGCGUCUCGUGCAGCCCAAAACCCUCGACCUCACUGCCGUCGAAGAAGAGAUAGUGAUCGAGAACCAAGCCGCGUUAGAAAAGAACGGCUUUGUGGUGGAAAUCGACGAUAGCGGAAACGAGCCGAUCGGUCGACGGUGCAAGCUAGUCUCGCUACCUUUGAGCAAAGAGGUCGUCUUCGGUGUUCGAGAUCUAGAGGAGUUGAUCGUCUUGUUAUCCGAGAUGCCGGCAACCGGGACUACAGGGUCUACUUCUUAUAUCCCUCGCCCGGGUAAAGUGCGGAAGAUGUUCGCGAUGCGGGCGUGUCGGUCGAGUAUUAUGAUUGGGAAAAACCUGACGCAGAAACAGAUGGUGAAGGUGGUGAGGAAUAUGGGGACGAUUGACAAGCCGUGGAAUUGUCCACAUGGACGGCCGACGAUGAGACAUUUGAUGAGUUUGGGUCAGUGGAAUGAAUGGGAUGAGUGGAAAGAGGAGGAUGAAGAGGGUGAACCUGAAGAUAAUCUGGACGUUUGGAGAGAUUAUAUGAAUGAGAUGGCUAGUGAUGGGGAUACUGAAGAUGGAGAUGAAGAUGACGAGGAAGAGGAGGAAGAGACGGAAGAAUAG